GUUCGGGAGGCGGCGGCGGCAGCAGCGGCAGGCGCCGCCGGGACGGGCACGGGCGCGCGGCUCGGGCGGGCGCUGGCUGCCUUCCCCCGUCGCUCGUUCGCUCUCCCUCCUGCUUGCUCUCCGACUGGGGGCCGGGCUGCCCCCAGCGUUCUUGGGAAGGAAGAAGGGGGGGCUGAGGACGCCGACAAGUUCCCGUAGCAGCCGCAGAUUCCGGCCCAGGCGAAGGCUGCGGUUCCGACGGGGCAGGAGCGCGCUCCGCCGCGGAGCGCACGGCCAGAGUGUACCAGACGGGGGGCGCCCGGGCCUUUCGCUCUCCUUGGGGCCGCGGGCCGGGAUCCCAUGAGACGCGCCCGUGAGGGGCGAGAGAUCCGAAGCCGGGGAGGCGCGCGGCAGAGGCGGAGGGCGGUGCUGCAGCUGCUGGAGGCCAGGAUCCGCCGGCAGGAGGCGGCGGAGAGAACUUGAACUUGGCGUCGGGAGCGGGCGCCCCGGACGCCCCCCGCCGGGGCCGGGGCGCCGAGGGACCUGGGCCGCAGCGCUGCUCUCCGAAUGGCCGCGGCGGCGGACCGGGCUCCCGCGCCGCGGCCCUAGGCGGCCUCUCGCCAUGGCCAAGUGGCUGAACAAGUACUUCAGCUUGGGCAACAGCAAGACCAAGAGCCCCCCGCAGCCGCCGAGGCCGGACUACCGCGAGCAGCGGCGCCGGGGCGAGCGGCCCUCGCAGCUCCCCCAGGCCGUGCCGCCAGCCCCCGCGGGCGCCUCGGCGUCCUGCGGUCCGGCCGCCGCCUCCUGCUUCUCGACCUCGUCGGGAUCGCUGCCCGACGACAGCGGCAGCACGAGCGACCUCAUCCGCGCCUACCGCGCACAGAAGGAGCGCGACUUUGAGGACCCCUACAACGGGCCUGGCUCUUCGCUGCGCAAACUGCGCGCCAUGUGCCGCCUGGACUACUGCGGCGGCGGCGGGGAGCCGGGCGGGGGCCAGCGCGCCUUCUCAGCCUCGUCCGCGUCGGGCGCCGCAGGCUGCUGCUGUGCCUCCUCCGGCGCAGGCGCCGCCGCGUCCUCGUCUUCGUCCUCCGGCUCCCCGCACCUCUACCGCAGCAGCAGCGAGCGGCGGCCCGCCACCCCGGCCGAGGUGCGCUACAUCUCACCGAAGCACCGCCUCAUCAAGGUGGAGAGCGCCGCGGGCGGUGCCGGAGACCUCCCGGGGGGUGCCUGCUCUGGCGGCCGCACCUGGAGUCCGACGGCCUGCGGUGGCAAGAAACUGCUCAACAAGUGUGCCGCCUCAGCCGCGGAGGAGAGCGGGGCGGGUAAAAAGGAAAAGGUGACCAUUGCUGAUGACUAUUCUGAUCCCUUCGAUGCCAAGAAUGAUCUCAAGAACAAAGCAGGAAAGGGAGAGAGUGCUGGCUACAUGGAGCCCUACGAGGCCCAGAGGAUCAUGACAGAAUUUCAGAGGCAAGAAAGUGUCCGGUCCCAGCACAAAGGCAUCCAGUUAUAUGACACCCCUUAUGAACCUGAGGGCCAAAGUGUCGACUCGGACUCAGAGAGCACGGUCAGCCCCCGACUACGGGAGAGCAAGCUGCCCCAGGACGACGACAGGCCUGCCGACGAGUACGACCAGCCAUGGGAGUGGAACCGGGUCACCAUCCCAGCUCUGGCAGCUCAGUUUAAUGGCAAUGAGAAACGGCAAUCAUCCCCCUCACCUUCCCGGGACCGGCGGCGCCAGCUUCGAGCUCCUGGAGGGGGCUUCAAGCCCAUCAAGCAUGGGAGCCCUGAGUUUUGUGGGAUCUUGGGAGAAAGAGUGGAUCCUGCUGUCCCCCUGGAAAAGCAAAUCUGGUAUCACGGAGCCAUCAGCAGAGGAGAUGCCGAGAACCUUCUGCGGCUCUGCAAAGAGUGUAGCUACCUUGUCCGGAACAGCCAGACCAGCAAGCACGACUAUUCCCUCUCCCUGAAGAGCAACCAGGGCUUUAUGCACAUGAAACUGGCCAAAACCAAAGAGAAGUACGUUCUGGGUCAGAACAGUCCCCCAUUCGACAGUGUCCCGGAAGUCAUCCACUACUAUACCACCAGAAAGCUGCCCAUCAAAGGGGCUGAGCACUUGUCCCUCCUCUACCCUGUGGCUGUGCGGACCCUCUGAGCGGACAAGCCCCACCCUGCUCUGUGACGGGGCCCAGACUUGGAGGAGCUGGAGGCCCCCGCCCACCAGCCCGGCCGCUGUUGCAGGCGGGGUCCAAUUUGUGUCGUGUGUAUGGUACUAGCACACCACUGCAUGUCUCUAGAAUGCUGUUGCCACUUACGGGGGCUGGAGAAAGCCUGGACAAAGACAGAAGGACAGCCAACACGCCACCCCAGCCCCCACCCCCGCCCCCUCCUUGAGUUUCUGUGAAUUAAAAUAUUUGCAAAUCCAAA